AAGGAAUCAGUCGAGCCUCAACUGUCCUCACGACACCAUCACUCUGACCAGACAUCCUCCCGUCCAGCGGAAUUAAAUCCCCAAAAAUCGUCUAAUAAUUCCACAGCAAGGACGUCGGGAUGGAAUUACCCCAUUCGUACCGCGGGAAGAGACACGUACCGGUUCCUUCUGGGAGAUUUGUCGUCGGCUGCACCGACCUAAUGAUUGGUGGACCAACCAAAGAAGAUGGUUGCUUCCUGCGCAUUUUCUAUCCCACAAAGCUCACAGAUACUUAUGCAAAUUCAAAUGACUGGGCAACUUGGAUGCCCCACCGAAAGUACAAAGAGGGUUACGCAAUCGUCCGAGGGUUGACGUCAUUCAUAGGCAAACGCGUGAUUUCUUGGGUGUUUGGGAAGCCAUACAUCCCCGUCGUGGUGGAUGGAGAACCUUCGAACGAGCCUCCAUUCCCGGUGAUUGUCUUUUCUCACGGGAUCAAAUCCUGCCGAACCGUCUACUCCAUUUUCUGCUCCGACAUAUCUUCCCAUGGGUUUAUAGUGGCGGCCAUCGAGCACAGGGACAGAUCGGCCUGCAUGAGUUACACAUUGGAAAGAGAACAAAGUAUUAGAGGAGGAGGUUUAGUCGAGCGCUGGAUCCCUUACAGGCCGCUGCCAUUCGAACGCAACGACAUGCCCAGUCGUCGGGAACAAUUGGAAAUUCGUACUCGCGAAUGUACUCAGACUCUCGAUUUACUUGCCAGACUCAACGACGGAGUUCAAGUCCAACAUUUGUUACAUUCCACAAUGGAUCUGGUGAUCUUUAAGGGUCUGAUGGAUCUGAGCUCGCCCAUCAUUGCGGGACAUUCGUUCGGCUCCACGACGCUCCUACGCACAUUGGCCGCCGACAAACGCUACAAAAUCGGAUUGGCUAUGGACGCCUGGAUGUGGCCGCUCAAAGACGAGCCGGAAUUGGCGGAGUCGAUCGAGCAACCGAUUUUGUUCAUCAAUUCGGCAAACUUUCAAACUCGUUUCAGUUUGGAAAUCAUGAAGCGAUUCACGGCCGACGCCGACAAGCGUCACGUCGUCACCAUCAAAGGCAGCAUCCACGACAGUCAAAGUGACGUGCCCUGUUUAUUGCCAAAGUUCAUUCGUCGCUUUGAAUAUCCGUCGGCCAUCGAUCCCCUGUUGGCUACACAAUUAAGCAAUCGCAUCACUUUGCUGUACUUGCGCAGACAGUUGGCAGGCUAUCCGGCGGAUGAUGAACUUUCAAACCUGGUGGAAAAGAGCGCCGAUUUGCUCCUGGAAGGAAUUCCCUAGUCAAAUCACCGAUGGAAUCAUCCAACGGCGCAUAAUAUAUAAUAAGAGGAUCUACUGAACACGUAAUAGCUCGGCUUUCCCUUUUUCGGCGUCCCAGAAAUAUGUAAUCAUAUAACACUGCCAGCCACCGAAAUGGACACACAUACGUAACAAUUUUUACAAUACAACCCAGUGACUUAUUUAUUAUACAUAUUCGCCCCAUCGGGGGGAGUUUUGGGAUGGAUAUAAAAAAGGCUUUCAAUGAAUUCCAUCUCAUAUGUCUGGGGGGGCGUAUCAAAACUUUUUCUUCCUUCUUCCGCACCAUUUCCGGUUAUUCUUUCCAGCUAGAAGACGAAAAUAUUCUUUUGAAUAAAAAAGGAGAGGAUUCAAAAUGUAUGCACUCCCCGAGGGGUGGGCGGAGUCGUAUGACACACUCGAGUCUUAUAUGUACAUACUUAGACUCUUUGUUGCUCUGUGUAACUGUAAUCAGUUCCACACACAUAGUCACAAGCAGAAAAAUAAAAGGGGAGGAGUCGAGUUUGUCUUCAUCAAGUCAUCGGGUACAGGACUACAAAGAGAUGUUAUCAUAUUCGACACACAAUCAAAUAGGAGCCUUCCAUAUUAUCAAACACAUUCUCUCUAUCCAUUAUUGAGUAAUGUGAAGCGUGUCAGAUGAUUGGACGACAAUAUUGGCGACUCCCAUUCACGCUAAUUCGUUUUCUGUCGCAACAUUCUGCGACUCGUUUGCUUCAAUAGAGAUGGAUUCGCUCGCCGGAA